UGGCGACGGUGAAGCUUUGCGGCUCUGCGCAGCUGCUAUAAGGAGCUAGCAUCACGUUUGUAUUAUUCGUAGCCUGCUUGAAAAAAAAAUGUUCACGAUAAACCGCGGUGUAAUUUGCGGAUGUAUUGAGACUCUGCCUUUGCGGGUUGGGAACCGUUUUGGAGAAAAUGGGAUACGCUGAGAGUCGCGUUGACAUGCAGUCGACAAGAAGUACGUAACGGGAGUGUAUUAUCUGGACCUGGGUCCAGCCUUAACAUUACAGGGCAGACAUUGAAAAGUAGCCCAUUUUGUCCCCACUCCUCCAGCAAGUGGGCCCAAGCUAUGAUUAAAGAUCACAUGAUGUCUCACUACAAACGGAUUUAUUCAGCUAAAGCUGUGAUUGACACCUCAGCACCCAAAAGCCUGACGCAGAACGUGAGGUACUCGGACCGGAUGAAACAGGAGCGUAUGAAAAAAGGCGGCCGUCCCCAGUCGGCGCCGUCGCUCUCGCACAGGAACAGCAGAGCCUCGUGCUACUCGGCACAAAGUCGAUGUUCUGUGCAGUCUGAAUAUGGGCCCUACUUCUGCUCAAGAAACUCCAUGCUCUCUACCCCUGGAUUUAGUAGUUCCUUUCACGCAAAGGAGGUCCCCUCUCCAUCAACGAAAGCAGCUUCUCACAAUUAUCCUCAUCAUCAUCGCCCUCAUUCGGCCGCGGAACUCAAGUUCCGAAGCCAGGAGCCGACGUCCCACAGGCGGCCGUCGGCAUGCUACCUACCUACCUCGGGCCAACCGAGCUUCGUCAAGGCCUUCCGGGAUCCUGCGCAAAAGACGUACAGCGGUGACUUGCUCCAGAAACAUUCGCAGCACUUCACCUCAGCCAAGCCUUUCACGCCGAAGAUGCUGAAAUCCGAAAAGAGCUCAUACCUGUCUAGUUAUCGCUUUUACCGAGCACCGCGGGGCGCCACCAAACCGGCUCAGGAGUGCGACAACCUAAGAUCGGAGAAACGAGCAAAAACUAUGCAGCAUACACAGGAGUUGUAUGAGCCACAUCAGGAUCUCAAUAAAGAUCAGCAAUUGGCUGAGAACGAGCACACAGGCACAUAUUUAAUAACUCCAAAACAACAAACAAACAAGAGCCGAGACUGUGAUCCCUUCGACUAUUCCACCAGGUUCUCACUUGAGGGUCUAAACAUAUCUCCAAGUGCGGAGGAAGAAGAAUUAAUGUACCUCGAGUUCAUUUCUGAUGUAACUGAGGACAUGUUGUCCAGAGGAUCUGUGUCUGACAGGGUCCUCAACCGGGUGAUACAGCGGCAUAUUGAUAUGAAUCUGCAUCGUCUGGAUGAAGCUAAAAUGCGCCACCUUCUGGAUAUCCUGCGCAACAACCUGGACGAGCCUUCCGCCCCGUCCUCUCACGCCGAGGAUCUCGGGAGGAAAGACUUGCUCGAUUCCCUCCUUGUGAUGCCCGAAUCGGCGCUGGAGGAGGUGAAAACCGAAGAGGACAACGACAUCUUUUCUUACGUGAGAAAACACGACAGAUCUCCAGAGCACCGUCUCGAGCCCGUGUUGACUUCUUCAGCGCUGUGGUUUCCUGAGAGAAAGUCUGUGAUAACAGCAAAUGCCCAGACCGAGGAAGAGGAAAACAACUGGGAAAAAGUCUCGAGUGAACGAGUUAGCAGUACCGAAGGAGAGGAUGAAGAGGAGGACCAACCGGUUGUGACAGAGCAGCAAGAGGCUGACAGCGAAGCCACGCAUGAAGAAAACGUUGAGGACCACGCUGAGGUUGACGUUGAAGGGCAAUCCAAAGAGGUUGAAGACCUGGAAAGAAGGUUUUCAGAGUCCCUGCAUGUUGAUCAAGACGCUAAAGUCGACAACUUGGACUCUUCGAGUGAGCACCAAACGAACACGCUGGCUUCUGUCAGCGACGACAGCUUUUGAAUGUUGAUGGUCUCUCCACAAAGAUCCUGUAGAUUUGACAGUGAUCCCGGAAUCAGACACGUGUGUAAAACUAUUCAUCAGCCCCUUUCCUGCUGCUUUUUUGCCAUCUUCCGUCGAUACAGAAUGAACCAAGUCCAAUCAUACAUUUAGACAGAGAGGUUGUCCUGUUUUGGGUUUCUGGGGAGCUGCACCCUACCCUAGCUGACUGCGUGAAAAGCCAGACUAAACCCUGAACCGGCCAGUAGUCCAUCGCAGGGCACGUAUACAGACGUUCAUUUGUGGUCACAUUUGAGUCGUAACUGAAGGGGAACUCGACCCGGAAGAACAGGGUGGUAGGUGUGAGGAAUGAGUGUGAUACUUCACACACCCCUGUCCCUCCAUUCCAAAGCCCCACUUUCAUACAUGCUUUCAGCAAAAUUAACACACCAGAGAAGUGAAAACAGAGGUGGAAUUUUUUUCACCUGUGCCUUUCACGCAGAACCCCAAUGAAGCUCGAUAUUGGGGGGGGAAAAAAACUAUCCACUGACACACGGCGUCCCAUAAUCAGAAGGUUAGACUAGUGUGCCGUUGAAAAUACUGCAUGAAAAAGCGACAACUGCUUUUCACACAACAGGGCAGGAGAAGCGAGUGGCGAGUGACAAACUUCACACUGUGGUCUUGUUUUACCAAUACAGUACAAAUUUUCCCGGCCUAUUCUUGGUACACUUUUUUUUUUGUGGUCGUUCUGAAGCACUUCAAGAAGCCACAAGAUGGUGCCAAAGCCCCGUCUAAUAGAAAAAUACCAGUAGUUGAUUUGGCUUAAUUUGGUGACAUCUUGGUGCCCAGUGAUCUUAAAAAAAAAACAAAAAACAAAGACUGGAUGGCUAAUUGGCCACCAAAACUAAAGUGGCCAUCUGCCAUCUUGAUACUCCCAAAACAACCAUGACGAGCUGUGCAGCGACAGUGAUUAACUGCGUUAAUCGCGAGUUUCGUGGUUAUUUGAAAACAUUCCACAGGUUAAGUUAGAAAGAUUUACUUUGACACUGUUAAACUUUGUUUGUAAAGGUUUUUUUUCAUUUUUUGAUGAGCUUAAUUCACUUGAACAAAGUUUUGUUUACGUGGUUGUUGUUGACUGUUCAUUCUCUGCUUUACCUUUAUAGGCCGAUGGUUUUUCGCGAAAAAGCGAUGUAAAUGUUUUCCAAGACUUCAUCAGUGGAUAAGCAAGGAAACACAUUUUCUGUGAAAUUUUUGAUGAAUUUCAUAAUACAAAAGUCUGCAAAUUGAAUUAGGUUUUCAAAUGCAAGGAAACAAGAUUACAUUUUCUGUUUGGAAUAGGACGUUGCAGAGACAACAAAUGAACAAUGUGAGUCCUUAUUUGCAAAAAAUACAUCUGAUUGACUUAAAAUUGAAACUUUUUAUGACGAAAAAUGAUUAGUUUUUUCCUAUGUUUAUGAUGAUAGCGCUUCACAGCGCAUUUUGAGAAAAGUUAACAUCGGCCCCUAGGUAAUAUGCAAGCUUUCAAGCUAGUCAUGUUUUAUGUCUUUCCUUUGCACUUUCCCUUUUUUUUUUUUUUUUUUUUGCUUACCAAGUCGAUUUAUACAUGAAUGUUACCAAAACUGAAAAAUGUCAAGCUCACACGACCAGUUCCAAUUCUACAUGCCAAACUUUGAGGAAAAACCCCGCUGUAAUCCAACUUGUAAACCUUGUCCUCCACACGUUUUGGGAGUACCAAGAUGGCGGCCAACUUGCUUCACCCAUUCGACACACCGCUAGAUAUGUAUGCGCUAGCCAGUGUUUUUUUUUUUUUUUUUAAGAUCAUUGUUGGUGCCAAUGAAGUUAAAAGGGACUACAGUAGGUCUACUCGAUAUGGAAAAGUUGCGUUAUAGCACCAUCCUGUGGCAUUUGUUUUCAAUUAUAAAUCGUUUUGGGGUGCAUUAUUUACCUGAGUUUUUUUUUUUUUUUAACUAUUUGUGGCAGGGCUUUUUCCAUUUGCAAGGAGUUCCUUCCUCCCUUUUCCACACCUCUGAUACUAAUUAGGGAGGCUUAAACCCCUCUCGAAAUAGCAAUACUGGCUUUGUUCGGCGUGAAAAAGGGCUCAACAUUCAUUUGCACUGAUAACUAUAACAAAAUGCGGAACGCUGCCAGUGUGACUUCAUUAUUUUGAAGAAAAAACACGUAGAUAAACACAAGAGAGAUGUGUAAAUUUUACACACGUUUUUAUUAUCUUCGUUGGUUGUCAAAUUGUGCUGUCACAAUAUGUUGCUGUGAUUUAACAACAACGAUUUUUUUUUUUUUCAAUAAAUUGUUCGUCAUUG